AUGGGGAAUAAGAAAAGAAAAGAAAAACAGACGAGAAUUAAGAGCCUCUUUCUCUCUUUCUUCUUCUCCCUGUUUCUUAUUUCCAUAGUUUCUCUCGCUCUUUUUCCUUUUCACCUUCUUUUUCCUUAUUUUCAGUUUCUGUCUCUCAUUUUUCACUUUAAUCUCUCUCUUUCUCUCACUCUCUUAAGUUUCCACUCUCUUUCUCUCUCGUCCCCUUUCACCUCUCCCUUUCUUCUGCUCCUGCCUAUUGCCCUUCUUUUUUAUCUUCUUUUCAGUCUCUUUCUCUUUCUUUCCCAUUUACCUCCCUCUCUCUUAUGUUUCCAGUCUCUUUCUCUGUCGUUCCUCUCUACCCCUCUGUUUCUUCUCCUUCUCUCUAUUCCUCCUUCUUUUUUUUAUCCCUUCUUUGUUUUUUUCUUCUUUUCAGUCUCUUUCUAUUUCUUUCCAUUUCACCUUACUCUUUCUUAUGUCCACAGUCUCUUUCCCUCUCUUUCCCCUUCGCCUCUCACUUUCCCAUCCUCCUCUCCGUCUCAUCUCCCCACUCCACCACCACACAUUUUUUUUUCUUCGUUUCCUUUACUUUGUUCCUCCCCCAAUCCAAAGGAUCUAAUCUCUCAACGCCCUUCUCCUUUCUUCUUCUUGUCAGGCCAUUCUGCUCCCUAG